AUGGUUCGCUUUUCUAUUAUUACGGUUAUUGUGAGCGCAUGGUUAGUAUGGUUAGUUGUUUUCGUUGUGAUUUUGACUUCACAUUUUGAGUUCUUCCUUUUUAUGGAAGCGGGUAUAAUGGUUUUUGAAAGAGAUACCAUAACAUCAUUAUGGCUUUCUAUCAAAGUAGAUUCAUUGAACCAAUUUAGUGAACAUGAAUUUAAAGUGGAAUUUUCAAGAAUUCCUUCUAUUUUUUGUCCUACAGAAUUCAAACUUUUACCACCUCUUCAAAGGACCCAAAGUCCAAAAAGUUCUAUUUCAAUUCAAUUAAACUUUUUCUUCUCCAGACAUUCCAUUCGUUUGCCUUCAAAGUUCCCUUUAAUUUCCUUUUUCAACUUCAUCUUCUAG